CCACUCUCGCCAACAAUUUACUAACUUCCUGUUUAUAUUCUUUUAUAAUUUAGAGAUCGAGUUAUCCGACAAGAUUAAGAGUAAGACCAUCCCAGACUGGUCUAGAAGUCUAGAUUAGAUUCUAUAUACUGGUUCAGGCCAACCGCAACGAGAAUGUUACUGAAUGUAUAAAUUCUAGAUUAGAUACAAGAUUUACUAAAAGAGAAGAGAGAGAGACAGUGACCGGGGGUGCUCUGAUUGUAGAGCAUGCGCAUGUAGUUGAGGUCACUUCAGUAUGUCAUCAUACGUGCGGAUAGACAGCUGCCAAAUAAUUGACCUGAAAAACUAGGGGCCUUUGAUGGGAAGUUUUACCAAUUUAUCUUUGAAAAAACAAUUUUUCAUUAGUACAUCAUUAAAAUACUUAAAUAAAACUUUCCAAUGGUGUAUAAAUUAUGACUGUAUGUUCAGCAGUUACAAAGUUAUGAUUUUUUUUUCUGGCGUUUUUAGCUAACAUUGGUUGACAUGGAACAGUACAUUCUGUCGAGCAAGUUCUUCUAUUGAUCUUCACAAACAUGGAUCUGAAAAUUGAUUAAAAUGAACCACAGUACAAGUUCGCAUCCAAAUGAUUUUGCUAGUCUGAGACUGGAUGGGGAUAGCAGAUUACAAAAUCUGGCCAAACUUGUUCACUUUUUGAGUGAAAAGCCUGGUGUAGUAUUGACUAGAUAUGAAGUGUAUGUCACUAUAGCCCAGGAGGCAGAGGUCUGUGUUGAUGACAUACCCCAGUACAACUCUUAUAUCAUUAAAGAAGGGGAGCCUGAAGUUAUUUUGGAUAACAAAAAGAAAACUUCUGGUUGCCAGACAGAGAAGAACAAUACAUUUUAUGAUGUACAAACUCAGUUUGUCUCUACUGACACUGAGCUAGACAAUGUUCAUAGGUUAAACAAUGACAGAGAUAGAACCAGAGCAUUGAUAGGAAUCUUAGGUAAUGAAGCAUUUAAAGGAGCUAACACCAAUAAUGAUAACAGAAUUACUAAGCCAGUUCAUGAUGUAGAUAUUGGUGACAAUUGUCUGUCAUCUGAUACAGAGGCCUUUAUGAGUGAUAGUGCUGAAAAUCUACUAAAAGCUGUUCUUAAAUCAGGAGUGUCAAAUGAUUUGUUUGUUCAUAUUGAAAACUACGGUGUUGACCCAGGACUAUUUUCUGCUAAAGCUGAGUUGUUAGAGGAACAAGGAAGACCAUUUAAAUGUAUGAAAUGUGACACCUCAUUUCAGAAGGAAGAAUCUUUAAUUGUUCAUGAUUUGAUUCACAGUGAUGAUGUAAAGCCACUUUUAUUUUUCAAGUGCCCCCAAUGUGAUUUUAAAAGUAAAAGUGUAGUUUUGAUCUCUGACCAUGCUCAGGAAAAGCAUCAUAUGAAAGUCUUUCUCUGCCAGUGGUGUAAAUUUGUUGCCCUCUCUUCUGAUGAGCUUGCAAUGCAUAAAUCUCUAAUGUCACAUGAAAGCAAUGAGAAGAGAAAAACUGUUGAGAACCAGAAAGUAUUUGACUCCAGCAUUUUGUGUGGCAGUGCAAGAAAGCUGCUGAAUCGCAUUGAUAACUCCUGUCCUGAUAACCUGAGGCCUUUCAAAUGCUCUAAGUGUUUCUUCUGGGCACACUCUGCCCUUAUUCUUGAAAGUCAUAUAAUAGCUGUUCAUUCUGGUAAUGGAAAAUAUAAAUGCAAAGAUUGCAAUUCUGAAUUUAAAAGCAUGAGAAAAAUCAGGUGGCAUGCCCAGACUGAGCAUAACAAUUCUGACCUGUUCUUCUGUUUCUUUUGCACAUUUUCUUGCUCAGACAGCAAAGUGCACAGGAACCACCUUCAAGCUCACUAUGGCAAAGACAGAUUCUCUUGUGAUCAGUGCCAAUACACCUGUCUACAUUAUAGUGAUUUAAAAAGACACCAGUUGAUUCACUCUGACAAAAUGCCCUAUGGAUGUUGCAUAUGUGGCCGCCACUUCCGGGCCAAGAAUAAUCUUUUCCGACAUGUUGCAGCACAUCAGGAGGAGCGGGACCACCAGUGUGAAACCUGCGGGUUCAGAACUAAAUCCAAAGAAUUAUUAAAAACACACUGGCGUGUGCACCAGAAUGUAAAAGAACACAUGUGCCAAUAUUGUGGCUAUAGCACCAAAUAUAUAAGUAACCUGUACAAGCACAUGGUAGUUCACACUGAGGUAAAGGCUUUUUCUUGUCAUCUGUGUUCAUAUACCACAAAGUCUCCAGAGAAUUUAAGCAAACACAAAAAAAGAAAACAUAAUAAACUUUGAUAGUGAUCAAUUCUUUUGGUAAUAUUUCUUUUUUUAACACCUGGAUAAUGUCAGCAGAUAAUACUGCCUCUUUUGAAAUAGUUUGAAGUUAAAUUGAAAUAACAUGAUGUGUGUUUAAAAAACAAACAAACAACCCCCCCCCCCCCUCAAAUUAUGAUAAAUGCAUUAGUUUUAUAUAUAUAAAAUAUAUAUCAUGCAGCAUUACAUGUAAAAAUGUCAUUCUAAAAAAUUGUGUAAAAAAGUCAUUAUGUUCUAAUAGUUUUAAGAUUAAGUGGCAGUGUUUAAAUUUAUAAACAUGCAAAAUACAAAAAAUACCGGUACUGGUACUUUAAAAACAAAACAAAGCUUAUAUUAAUGUAUAUCAAUUAGUUUGAAUGUCAUGUAUUUAAAUUUGUAAUAGAUCUAGACUAACAAUAAUAAAUCUGUGCGAUUACAAA